AUGAAGCUGCCAAGCUCGAUCCUAGCAUUGGCGCAGCUGGUGCUGUCGGCGGCCGACCAGCUCAACCACCCAGACUCAGCAGCAUCGCCGCAAUGGAGCGGGACGCUGCCUCCGUACCCGCGCGAUUCGGGCGCGCUCGUUUCGGCGUGCACCUUUGCCGUUGGUCCACCCGGUCCUCCAGCCUCGGCCCUCUGUCCCGCCUUUACCGUCUUCUGCGCUCGCUUUCGGGACGACAUGCGCUCGAAACACAUUCGCCAACUCAAAUCCACCCCUCCGUUCACCUCCACAGUCAAGCAGGCCUCGCGAAAGGGCCGAGACGACGACGGUGACCCUCUGAAGCACGUCAAAUACCGAACCGGCUGCACGGGCGGCGCAACCACGGCGAGCGAUGGCACCUUUCUCUCGGCCUACACAGCCACGUGCAUCGUCAACGGCGUCGACUGGGUGCCUUACGUCUUUGAUCAGUUUCUCCGCGCCGAAUUCGGCGAGAAGGGCCACGAAAACGAUCCUCUACCCAUAUACAGCAGCUUUGUUGGUUGUCAGGUUCCCACCCACUCAUAA